ACAGUUUUAGACAGUUUUUCUAUAUUAUCUAUUCCUUUUUUAACACAUCUUCUAGCGAACUCUGCACAUAAACAAUUGCUUGCUCCGUCUUAUCGUUUGUUAUCGCACGGAUUAUUCCACUGUCUAUUAUUUAAAAAACAAUUGCAUCAAUUAUGUACUUUAAUGCUAAAAAUAACAAGGAAACGUACAAUAAAAUUGAACCUCAACAAAGAGACCUGAAUUGAUUUGACCUUACAGAAACAGAGCACAAAAUCAAGAAAAGAAAAAGAGAAGACGCAAUAAUCAUCAAAGCACAUACAUAUGUUAAAUUUCGUACUGGUGGCACUGGCUUAUGGUUACCCCAGUAAGGGAUCUACCAAGGCUUCCCUAAAAAAGAAAGCAUGUAACCCAGAUUGCACCCAGGACUAUGAACCCGUUUGUGCCGGGGAUAAUAAGGGCAAAGACAGGACGUUCGGGAACAAGUGCGUCUUAGAAAGACACAACUGCGAACAGGGCCAAAAUUUGCAAAUAAAGCACAAGGGAGAAUGCCCUGGGGGUGGCGGAGUAAGAUUAUCCUAAAUGAAAAUUUACAUAUACCUACAUAAGAAGAAAAAUUGAUUUAAUCUGUUCAAUAUUGACGCUUAUCAAUACUAUAGGCUCUCUGAUAAUAAUGACGAAUUGUACUGCUUUUUAAUUACAUUUUCAUCGCUUCAACAA